AUGUCAAAAUAUGCAGUGCUAGUUGGAAUGGCUCUUGUUUUUACUGCAGCAGCUGGCAAGGUCCUUAUAAAAGGUGUCAGACAAUAUAAAAUGAACAAAGCGGCUGGAACUCCUUUUGACUCUUCCAAAAUCCAGAUGUACAUGGGAGCAUUCAACUCACCAAUGACACGUAGAGAAGCAGCCUUGAUUUUAGGAGUAAGAGAAGGGAGUUCUGAAGAAGUUAUUAUUCAAGCUCACAAGCGUCUUAUGCUAUUAAAUCACCCUGAUUAUGGAGGCUCUACCUAUGUGGCUAUGAAAAUUAAUGAAGCUAAAGAUUUACUUAUAUUAAAGUAA